AUGAGUCUAAGCUGUCUUACCUGCAGCCAGGUUCUUCAGAAGACAGAUUCUUUUAGGGAGUAUUCCUCGGAAAAGCCCGGCCUUAGGAAAGUGCGUUGUACGCCGGUGGAGAGAACAUGGUCGGGGAAUAUUGCUCUGGAAGAUCAAGAUCGAAGACAAGAACCUUUGGUGAAGAUCAAGAGAGAACAUCGCCGUGCUCACAGUACAGGGUCUGCUGCUUUUCCGGGCAGCGUCGAGCCGAGGCUGGUGAGGAGCCCUGGGAUGAGAAGAGACUGGAGUUUUGAGGAUUUGGCAGGAAAGAAUGAGGAGGGGUUCAUGUGCCCCUAA